UGUUCAUAUAAUGAGAAGAUUAGUUGUAUUGUUCUUCUAAGUAGUCGUCUGGACAAAGUGAUCGGACGCGUAGAUGACUACGUCGAGUGCUUUUAUGACAUACAGCUGAUUCCGAUGGGGCGUCUCUAUGUAAUUUUUAAUCGUCCGAGUCGAAGGAAACGCUAUGAUACGGGCAUAAGCGGUUAGUCAUCAUCAUAACAGACACGUUUUUGGUGCGCGACAGAUAAAUUGAUCGAGAAAUUAUAUUAUGUAGGUCCGGCGAACUGCGCCGAAUAGUGGCUGAUAAGUGUCAUUGUUAAUACCUUUUGUUUCUUUGUGAUUUCGCGACGAUACGGACGUGGAGAUAACAAUUUCUUGUUUACCGUUUUAAGCCAGUCUUUAUUACGUUCGCUUUCGUAGUUCUUCAAGUCUCAAGGUUUAAAAAAAACAACAAAUUGAAUUCUUUGUCAAUGUGCAUGGGUGAUUGAUCAUUAGUUUUAGUUGUAAUUGCAAGACUUGUCAAUGGUGUCCAACUGUGUUUUUGUAGGACUUUUAUCUGGCGAUGGCGACCAACAGGAGCGGUGCGGCGCAGCGGCCGAACGGCGCGCCACAAACGAAAGUCUGUCAGUUCAAACUGGUACUCCUAGGAGAGUCAGCAGUGGGCAAGUCUUCUCUAGUACUUCGAUUCGUCAAGGGCCAGUUCCACGAGUACCAGGAGAGCACGAUCGGCGCCGCUUUUCUAACUCAGACCGUAUGCCUCGAUGACACCACCGUCAAGUUUGAAAUAUGGGACACUGCGGGGCAGGAAAGGUAUCACAGCUUAGCGCCUAUGUACUACAGAGGCGCGCAGGCGGCUAUCGUCGUAUAUGAUAUUACUAAUCAGGACACAUUCGGUCGCGCCAAGAACUGGGUGAAAGAGCUGCAGCGGCAAGCGUCGCCUUCCAUAGUGAUAGCUCUGGCGGGCAACAAGAGCGACCUGGCCGCCAAGCGCAUGGUGGAGUUCGAAGAGGCGCAGGCCUACGCUGACGAGAACGGGCUCCUCUUCAUGGAGACCAGCGCCAAAACCGCCAUGAACGUCAACGACAUUUUCUUAGCUAUCGCGAACAAGUUACCAAAGAGCGAGGGCGGCGGCAGCGCGGGCGCGGGCGGCGCGCGUCGCCUCGGGGACGCCGAGCAGGCGCGCUCCUCCUCCUGCUGCAAGUGAUAGGUACCGGCACGAAUACCGCCGUACGGUGAGGGCGUGCACGCGGGUUGAGGUACGUAGUAGGUAAUGAUACAGCCGCCGGCAGACGGAGCCCCGCCCGAGCCCCGCGCGAGCCCCGCACUCCCCGCGCGAGCCCCGCACUCCCCGCACGGACAUACACACACCCGGCAGCUUCUCAUCACAUCAAUCUAUGAAUUAUAAUACAUAGCAUGCUGCAGGGUCGACAUUAGUACUGAAGCUGUCUCUGGACAUCCGUUGCAUUCGCCUUCUUCCUAGCUAAUUGUUACCGAGCUACGCCUCGCGAGGCAGUCCGCUGUAUACAUAUGUAUAUCUACCUUUUAUGCAAUAUUAAUUAAAUAUAAAUACGACUCGCCUCCCUGGCUCGCCUCGCCUCAUACUAGUGUGUCGUACGUCCACGCGGGCCGCAUUAAAAACAUUAUAUAAUAUUAAUAAAAAAACAAGCUAAUUAUAAAAAAAUGAUAACUAGUUUUAAACUUAUUUGUAACUGUAAUGAAAAUGUAAUAAAAAAUGAUUAUAUUUACUUUCGUUUGUAUCAAGUUAGCAGUGCACUGUGCAGUAGUAGGGUUACUUAACGAGAUUCCUUCGUUUAGCAGUAAUUGAGCUUGUGUUAUAUCUGUAAUACAGCGCGCAGCGUGCGCCAGUGGGGGGCCGAGUCGCCUCGAGGAACCGUUCGUAUCGUCCCUGCUUGUGCCCCCGACUGAGGCGUGCUGCCACAUAGACGCGUUUAUUGUCAAAAUUAUUGGUGAAGGUGCAUUUACAUUUGUGUAUCGUUACAUAUACAUUUAAUAUUAUUUUAAUCAUCUGUUCACAAUCGCGCAGGCGCACCGUUCCCAAGCAAUCUCAGUGUCGCAAAGUAACAUCUUGUCAUUUGGGAACGUGUGUCGCCUGCCACUAGUGUCACUAGGUCGCCACUAGUGUCACUAGGUCGCCACUAGAUGUCGCAAUGUUCUUUUACUUAUAAAUGUUAUCAUUUGUGUCUGCACUGUUUAAUAAAAUAUUUUUAUCAUAUACAUAUUAUAUAUACUUUCUGUUUAAGUUUGAUAAAUCGGAAAUGUUUUAAAAUGACGAAAACAGUUACGCUUGGUAAAAUAUUGUAAUUUUAUAUAAAUAUAGAGUAACAUUUAUAAGUGAGGAGUUUCGUUCCCCCGGCAGUAAUGCCCGCUCCUUCGCCCGCGGCACCCAGUCUGCUGACCUUCGUCUCCAACCCACUCAACCUUUGUCCCUACACCUCUCACUAAAUUCCGGGCGAAGUACACCC